AAAAAAAAAAGAGAGAAUAGAGAAAAGGAUUGUGGAUGGGUCCUAGGUUUUGGCCUAAGCAAUUACAUUAAUCGUGGCAAUAUUUGCCAAUUUGGGGAAGCAAAGGAGGGAAGCAGCAAAUGUUAACAGUAUCCCUAUAAGAUUAAUGUUCACCAGUUGAUACCAGUGGUUAUUCCCAGAUGACAGAGUAGGGGGUAAUAUUUUGUGUUUCUCUUUGUACUUAUCUAUGUUAUCUGCAUUUUUACAACAAAGGCAUUUCAUUUUGACAUAAGCAUAUGAAUUCAUUUUUUAAGAACAACUAUUUUUCAGAUAGCAUGAAGAAUGGGAACGAGUUGGAGGCAGUUUUCGAGAUGUCUACAGACCAAGAUGAGGGAGGCAUUACCGUGCUGUAGAAAGCUCCCAGACUUUGGAGUCAGAAAGCCAGUUUAACCUCCAGAUUUGCCAAACAUAAACUAUGUGGUCUGGAUAAAUCACUUAAAUUUGAGUGGUUCUCACAUACGUAAAUAGGAUAUACUAGUCUCUCAAGAAAGUUGGACGCAGUUUGUCCCUGUCGGGCUCUGCCGACCCGGGGACUGGAGGCGGGUGUGCGGUGUUAGGCGUGGAUGCCUGCUGGAGAUCCUAGCAGGGAUGGGAGGUAGGCAGUGGGCCGUACAGUUCUGGAGUUCAGAGAAGUAGAAGCAAGAGAGAUGCUUUCGAGAGUUAUCAGCUUAUAGCAGGAUUUGUAGAUGAGAUCAUCAGGGAGUAGGUGCAGGAAAAGAGAAGAAAUUCAAGGACAGACCUGGGCCGACUCUAACAGGUCAGGGUGAAAUCAGGAGGGACCAACACACUCUUCCCUCUCACAGACUGCCCCCACUCCACCCCACACUCCUCCUCCCUACACCUUCAUCUGCUUAGCAUCUACUCAUUCAGAUCUCAGUUUAUACGUAAUAUCGCUUGUAUUUUAAUUUAUUCAGCAUACUGUACUGGGAUUAAGUGGUGAACAGAUAUUUAGUCUUGGCCUUCCUUGAGCUUAUCUUCUAUUGGGCCAGACAGCCGAUAAACAAGGAAACAAGGAGGCAAAUAAACAGGUACUUACAGACUGAUCGUCUAACAUCCCGAGGGAAACAAGCGGGAAGAGGAGACUGGGCAGAACCAGAGGAGGUCUCUUUAGACGGGAUGAUCAGGGAAGAUCUCUCAGCGUCAUUGAUCACCGUGCUGAGCUCGGAAGUAUGAGAUGUGUGGGAAAGAGAAUUGGAAAGGGCUUGGUCUGCUUGAGGACUGACUUUCCUGACUCCCAGGCUUGGCCAGGUUCCCUUUGCUCUACACUCUCAUCACACUCAGAGUGACUGGUGAUUUGAAUUGAGCUGAACUCUUGAUUUGGUUAUAGGUCCAGUCAACUAACAUUUCCUGAGCAGGAUUAAAUUACAGCAAGACUGCUCUGCAAAGUUACUGCUGGAGGAUACAAAGAAAGAAAUUUUAGAACUAGGAUGACUGGAGGUCUGGGUUGGGCAAGUUGGGUCAUUUGCCAACACAGGGCUGUGCUCAGUCUCACCCUCUCCCUUCCCCAUCCUCCUUUCUCUUUUGUCUAGGGAACGGUGACAGAAGGAAAAAGGAUGAUUGCCCCCCACCUCUCCACUUGAGGGCGCUGUCACACCGGUGUUUACUGGCGGGAGACUAGGCAGAGCUGGUUCUCGGCCCCUGGGAUUGCCGGGCUGGUGAAGAGGCCAGGCUGUCUGAAGAGGUGCAGCGCAUUUCAGUGGCUCUCUUUGAAAAAGCCCAGCAAGAUGUCGGAGCUGUUCUCAGUCUUCCUCCACCUCCUUCUCUUCAAGUUGGUUGCCCCGGUAACCUUUCGCCACCACCGCUAUGAUGACCUUGUGCGGACGCUGUACAAGGUGCACAACGAAUGCCCCCAGAUCACGCGGGUCUACAGCGUCGGGCGCAGCGUGCAGGGGAGACACCUCUACGUGCUGGAAAUCAGUGACUACCCUGGAAUCCAUGAGCCCUUGGAACCGGAAGUCAAGUACGUGGGAAACAUGCACGGCAACGAGGUGCUGGGCCGUGAGCUGCUGCUGCAGCUGUCCGAGUUCCUGUGCGAGGAGUUCCGCAACGGGAACCAGCGCGUCGCGCGGCUCGUGCAGGACACGCGCAUCCACAUCAUGCCGUCCAUGAACCCCGACGGCUACGAGGUGGCGGCCGCCCAGGGCCCAAAUUCGUCCGGGUAUCUGGUUGGCAGGAACAAUGCAAAUGGAGUGGACCUGAACCGAAACUUCCCUGACCUCAAUACCUACAUCUACUACAAUGAGAAGUACGGCGGUCCCAACCACCACUUGCCCCUUCCAGACAACUGGAAGAGUCAGGUGGAACCCGAGACGCAGGCGGUGAUCCAGUGGAUGCGCUCCUUCAACUUUGUCCUUUCAGCCAAUCUCCACGGAGGGGCGGUGGUGGCCAAUUACCCAUACGACAAGUCCCUUGAGCAUCGGGUCCGAGGCUUCCGCAGCACUGCCAACUCCCCCACGCCUGACGACAAGCUUUUCCAGAAGCUGGCCAAGGUCUACUCCUAUGCACAUGGAUGGAUGCACCAGGGCUGGAACUGUGGGGAUUACUUCCCAGACGGCAUCACCAAUGGGGCUUCUUGGUAUUCUCUCAGCAAGGGAAUGCAAGACUUUAAUUAUCUCCAUACCAACUGCUUUGAGAUCACGCUGGAACUGAGUUGCAACAAGUUUCCUGGCCAAGAGGAAUUACAGAGGGAGUGGCUGGGUAACCGGGAAGCCCUAAUCCAAUUCUUGGAACAGGUUCACCAUGGCAUCAAGGGAAUGGUGCUUGAUGAGAAUUAUAAUAAUCUUGCCGGGGCUGUCAUUUCUGUCAGUGGGAUUAACCAUGAUGUCACUUCAGGUGACCACGGCGAUUACUUCCGGCUGCUGCUUCCAGGUACCUACAUUGUCACUGUCACAGCACCAGGGUUUGACCCAGAGACAGUGAGUGUGACCGUGGGUCCUGGGGAACCAGUACUGGACGGUUCUGCAGCUCCUCCACGCCCAGAAUCUCCCGCACUUGUCAGUCACAAGCAUCCUUCCAUCUGCGUGCCAUGGCCAGAAGGGAAGAAGUUGCAAUGCAGAGCCGAAAGGAUUCACUGGGGAGAGGACAGUCAGAGAGAGAGAGGACGCAUUAAUGCACGUGGAAAUUUGGAGUUUGAGAAUCCAUACUAACUCUAUCAUUUCUACUAUCUAUAUUGCCAAACAAUUAUGGCAGAAGGUUUGGUUCUGAAGGGCUGAGACACCCAUUGACAUGCCUGAGCACGGCACCUGUGAGUCACCCCGGCGGCAUAAAGGGGGUUAUUACAGCACCAUCAGCCACAGCUCUUGUCCCAAGCAGUAAUAUUGGUGAAAUCAUGACUUGAUGUGUAGAUAUAACUUUUUUCAAAUACAUAUGAAAUUAAUGUAGAUUAAGUUCAUCCAGCCACACGCCGUGUAUCACCUGCGAUCACGUACCGAUUUGGGGGGAAUAUUAGCCAGGUCUCUAUGACACCACUGGCACCGCUCCGGGUCAUUGCUGUAAUAAGUCUCCCUAGCUUCCUGCCCUCAGAACCCAGAACUGUGGCGAAAGAGGGGCCAGACUGGUCUCCUCGCUUCUGCUUCCCCC